UGUAUUCAUACUAUACUCUCUUUUUUCCUUCAUUUCUCAUAUCUCUCUAAAAAAUAAUUCUUACUUCUAUAGUUUUUAUUUGUUAAUAUGGCUGGUGGUGGUGGUGGAAUUACCUCUGGUCCAAAUAAUGGGAAAGAAUAUCCUGGAAAUCUAACUGUUUAUGUUCUUGUUACUUGCAUUGUUGCUGGUAUGGGUGGCCUGAUUUUUGGUUAUGAUAUUGGAAUUUCAGGUGGAGUGACAUCAAUGGAGCAUUUCUUGAGUAAAUUUUUCCCAUCUGUUUAUAACAAGGAAAAAGCAGACAAAUCAACAAACCAGUACUGCAAAUUUGACAGCCAAACACUUACAAUGUUUACAUCAUCAUUGUAUCUUGCUGCACUUUGUUCCUCACUUGUUGCAUCUACUGUUACAAGAAAACUAGGAAGGAGGCUUUCAAUGUUGUUUGGGGGUAUCCUGUUUUGUGUUGGGGCUUUGAUUAAUGGAUUUGCUAAGGAUGUUGCUAUGCUCAUUGUUGGAAGAAUUUUGCUUGGUUUUGGUAUUGGAUUCGCCAAUCAGUCUGUUCCCUUGUACCUAUCUGAAAUGGCUCCAUACAAGUACAGAGGAGCACUCAACAUUGGCUUUCAAUUUUCCAUCACAAUUGGCAUUCUUGUAGCCAAUGUGUUGAACUAUUUCUUCGCGAAAAUCCCUUGGGGAUGGCGUUUGAGUCUAGGUGGCGCUAUGGUCCCUGCAUUGAUCAUCUCCGUCGGUUCCCUCCUCCUCCCUGAGACUCCCAAUUCUAUGAUCGAACGUGGCAACAACGAGGAAGCUAAAACGAAGCUCAGGAGAAUCAGGGGCGUCGAUGAUGUAGACGAAGAAUUUAAUGAUUUAGUCGUGGCUAGUGAAGCCUCAAGGAAAAUCGAGCACCCUUGGAGAAAUUUAUUGCAAAGGAAGUAUAGGCCACAUUUGACUAUGGCUAUUGCUAUUCCAUUUUUCCAGCAACUUACUGGGAUUAAUGUGAUCAUGUUUUAUGCCCCUGUGUUGUUCAAGACUAUUGGUUUUGCUGGUGAUGCUUCAUUGAUGUCUGCUGUUAUUACUGGUGCAGUCAAUGUUGUUGCUACCGUUGUUUCUAUUUACUAUGUUGAUAAGUUGGGAAGAAGAUUCUUGUUCCUUGAAGGUGGGCUUCAGAUGCUUGUUUGCCAAAUUGCCGUGGCAAUUUGCAUUGGAUUGAAGUUUGGAGCUGAAGGUAAUGGAGGGGACUUGCCAAAGUGGUAUGCUAUAGUGGUAGUAAUGUUCAUCUGUGCUUAUGUAGCUGCAUUUGCUUGGUCAUGGGGUCCUCUGGCAUGGUUAGUCCCUAGUGAAAUUUUCCCACUCGAAAUUCGCUCUGCAGCACAAAGUAUCAACGUAUCGGUAAACAUGAUCUUCACAUUCAUCGUCGCGCAAGUGUUCUUGACGCUCCUGUGCCACUUGAAGUUUGGUUUGUUCCUCUUCUUCGCGUUCUUCGUGUGUGUGAUGACUGUGUUCAUCUACUUCUUCUUGCCCGAGACGAAGAAUGUGCCCAUUGAAGAGAUGGUUAUUGUGUGGAAAGAGCAUUGGUUUUGGGCUAGGUUUAUGACUGAAGUUGAUUAUCCUAGCAAAGGGAAUUCAUCUAUUGAAAUGGCAAAGGGGGACAAUGGUUGCAAAUUAGUAUGAUAUAAAGAUUUUUAUGUUAGUAUUAAUUUGGAAAAGAAAAAAAGAAGGAGAUGAAAGGGGUUUUAUAUAAUGUUUUGUUAUUUGGGAUGAUGCUGUUAGAUUGCAGUGUUUUCGUUCUCUAUUUUGCAUAGGAAAAUACAUAUUUAUGAGGUUCAAUUUCAAAGGAUUUUUAAGAACUCAUUGGUGGAAUUGACCUGUAUUUUUGGAUGAAUUUAUUUGUGCAUUUGGCAGUGUUAAAGAUGUUCGAAGAAUCUCUUAUUAUUUCAGAA